CUUUUUAGACGUUUUGUAGCCGCGCGUUGGUUGAGUAGGAACGAGCGUACGAACGCACGCACGACGUGCGCGUUUGUGUGAGCCGAAUGCCGGGCAGUUCAGCUGACGACACGGCCGUACGGACUUACAGAACGCCGUCUGCAGCGUCAGCCGCUGUUGUAAAACUGCAAAAUUACGAGAUAAAAUAAAAAGUUGCAGCAAAAAUUAUUUACUAAAAUUUUUUAAUAAAAAUGUGAUUGCUUACUUGUUGGUGUUGUAGUGCGAUAAACGCUCCCUUUGCGCCGCUUGCCGUGAACUCAUAAUUCGACUGUGAUAUUUUUUUUAUAUUUUUUUUUUCGCUUUUGAUUUUAUUUUUUCGAUUUUUGUUUGCUGUUGAAAGUUAAUACAAACAGGAUGCGAAAUCAAUAUAUCAAGCUCAAGUCGCAGUGAAAAACGAAAAACGGGUUUGCAGGCAAAGUGCGGGUGAAAGCGUAAAACCGACACUACAACAACUGCAAAGCUCUGCUAUUGCUGCGACGUUUGCAAUAAAAAAAGUAAACAUUAAAGUAAUUGUGCUAAUCAUAAUAAUCAUUAUAAGUGCGAUUACAGGCAGACAGACAUACAAACUUGUACAUUUGUAUGUAUGGAUAUGAAUAUGAAUAUCUUGACAUCUUUGCAGUCUAAAUGGGGGCUUGUCGCCGCUAUCAGCUCGACCAGCCAACGUUGGCAUUUAAUAGCUGAGCUUAAAGCAAACAAAUUUCGGCUAUUGUUUUCAAUUCCUGGAUGGUACAUUAAUAGUCACGUAUGGAACGUGACCAUCACAGUGAUAAGAGACUGCAAGGCAUAUAAACGAUUUUGUCAAGCACGGUGUGGGGACACAGUUUUGUACCAGCAGACAAGAACUACAAACUGGACAAGAGAUUUUCAAUUCCAAAAACAACCACGAAAUUUGAAAAGAACUUCAUGAAAAGCGAGAGAUUUUAACUUUAGACAAAAACACAGCAAUUUUGGACCAAGAGUAACGAUUUUUUAGCGAGAACAUAAAGAAAUAACAAUUAGAGUAUAAAGUCAAAUAAAAUAAAAAUAUAAACACAAAAAUCAUAAAACAA